UAAAUCAUGAAAGCAUUGGUGGGCCAAAUGUCAAGGAUAUCCGUCUGGAGAACUUCAAUGUUUCUGUGGGUGGCCGCGAUCUAAUUGUGGAUGGUUCAGUAACACUUUCUUUUGGAAGGCAUUAUGGCCUUGUUGGAAGAAAUGGUACAGGGAAAACAACAUUUCUUAGGCACUUGGCUAUGCAUGCCAUUGAUGGCAUUCCUAAGAACUUCCAAAUAUUGCAUGUGGAGCAAGAAGUGGUGGGUGAUGACACAUCAGCCUUGCAAUGUGUUCUGAACACUGAUGUUGAAAGAACUCAGCUUAUGGAAGAAGAAGCUCGUCUCCUCGCUAAACAGAGAGAACUGGAGUUUGAGGAAUCAACAGAAACGAGCAAUGGGGCAAUUGACAAAGAUGCUAUUGGACGGAGGCUUCAGGAGAUAUACAAAAGGCUUGAGUUCAUAGAUGCUGAUUCCGCAGAGUCACGUGCAGCUUCCAUUCUUGCAGGUCUUAGUUUCUCUCCGGAGAUGCAGCGAAAAGCAACUAAAGCAUUUUCUGGAGGAUGGAGAAUGCGAAUAGCUCUUGCUCGUGCCCUGUUUAUAGAGCCUGAUUUGUUACUACUUGAUGAACCCACGAACCAUCUUGAUCUUCAUGCUGUCCUCUGGCUGGAGACUUACCUGGUGAAGUGGCCGAAAACAUGUAUAGUUGUUUCUCAUGCUAGAGAAUUCUUGAACACGGUGGUCACUGAUAUCCUUCAUCUUCAUGGGCAAAAAUUAAAUGCCUACAAGGGGAACUAUGAUAUAUAUGAGAGGACACGAAUUGAACAGGUCAAGAACCAACAGAAAGCUUUUGAGUCCAAUGAGCGUUCAAGAGCACAUAUGCAGACUUUUAUUGAUAAGUUCCGUUACAAUGCAAAGAGGGCCGCACUUGUUCAAUCAAGAAUUAAGGCAUUGGACCGGUUGGGACAUGUGGACGAGAUUGUAAAUGACCCUGACUAUAAAUUUGAGUUCCCAACUCCAGACGACAGACCUGGUCCUCCUAUAAUAAGUUUCAGUGAUGCAUCUUUUGGUUAUCCUGGGGGGCCCGUUUUGUUUAAGAAUUUAAAUUUUGGAAUUGACCUUGACAGCCGCAUAGCAAUGGUUGGGCCAAAUGGCAUUGGUAAAUCAACAAUACUCAAGCUAAUUGCAGGGGAGCUACAACCAAUCUCUGGGACAAUUUUCCGUUCGGCUAAGGUUCGGAUUGCUGUAUUCAGUCAGCACCAUGUUGACGGGCUAGAUUUAUCUUCUAAUCCCCUAUUGUAUAUGAUGCGAUGCUACCCGGGAGUGCCUGAACAAAAGCUCCGAUCUCACUUAGGUUCUUUUGGUGUAACUGGAAAUCUAGCACUUCAGCCAAUGUACACUUUAUCUGGUGGUCAAAAGAGCAGAGUUGCUUUUGCCAAGAUAACUUUCAAGAAACCACACAUAAUAUUGCUUGACGAGCCCUCCAAUCAUCUGGACUUGGAUGCUGUGGAGGCACUAAUACAAGGUCUUGUUAUCUUCCAAGGAGGCAUUCUCAUGGUUAGUCACGAUGAGCAUCUUAUCUCUGGAAGUGUGGAUGAGCUGUGGGUGGUAUCAGAGGGUAGGAUAGCACCAUUCCAUGGCUCUUUUGAGGACUACAAGAAGAUACUGCAGUCAUCGUAGAUAAAAUGUUAUGAAAACUCGGAAGAAUACACAACUCUGGAGCUUGUGCAUGCCGUGGCAUGUGAGCAAUAUUUUGAUAUAGUGCACUUGUAUUGUAUGUACCCACAAAUAUGAUUCUUUUUGUUUUGGUUCUGAAAAGUUGAUUAAUCUUUUGCUCAGAAUAGUAACUUCUGCUUAGAAUGAACGUGGGGUUUCUUUCCCCCUCCCCCAUGGCAUCCAGCUCGAAACCCCAAGGGGUUUCUUUCCUCCAAUGUAACCAAAAAAAAGUUGGAUUUUAUGCUCAUAUUUGAUUCACUUAA